UCACAUUCAUUACGAAUUCGCGCCAAACACCAAAACUUUCUUAAUUCUCUUACACCCAGAAGGAAAUCAAACAGAUUCUAAAAAUCGAACAAAUUAUCCCAUUUUUUUAUUACAAACCAACAAUAAUCUCGCCAAAUCAAAUUUCUUUUGUAACGUUUCCCCCCUUUUUUCUCUCUCUUCUGUAUCUGCAAAAUUUCUAGGGUUUCGUGAAAAAUUAUUCAAUUUCUUCACUCCGAUCAGUCGAAAUGAGAGCGGCUUCUUCUCCGUCUCUCUCUCAAACUACUUGUGGUUCUCUUCUCCAAGAGUUACAGAAAAUAUGGGAUGAGAUUGGGGAGAAUGACGGUGAAAGAGACAAGAUGCUUUUAGAACUUGAGCAAGAAUGCCUUGAUAUUUACCGAAGAAAGGUGGAGAAUACGAGGAAGUACAAAGCUGAUCUUUUUCAAGCACUUGCUGAAGAUGAAGCUGAAAUUGCUAAACUUAUGGCAACGCUUGGAGAGAGGACGUCUUUUAUGCGGGCAAAGGGUACUCUCAGAGAGCAGCUGUCUUCUGUAAAACCUACCUUGGAUGACCUGAGAUUAAAGAAACAGCAAAGAGUUAAAGAAUUUUCUGAAACUGAAUCCCAGAUAAUUCGUAUCUGUGCCGAGAUAGCGGGGAAUGAUCAGUUUAUAAAUAAUGCUGAACCUCAAGUGGAUGAACAGGACUUAACAGUAAAAAAGCUGGCUGAACGUAAAUCACAUCUUGAAGAGCUUCAAAAUGAAAAGGUUCUGAGGUUGCAGAAAGUUAAUAAUCAUAUAAGUACUAUUCACGAGCUAUCAGUCGUCAUGUCUAUUGAUUUUAGAUCAACAGUAGCUGAGGUCCACCCUUCUUUGGUUGAUCAUGGCCAUGGCCAGUUGAAGAGUAUUAGUAAUGAUACUCUCGCUAAGCUAACAGGUGUUGUGAAUUCAUUAAAGCAAGAAAAGAAGCGUCGGUUGCAGAAGAUUCAAGAUUUUGGUAGUGCCCUUAUGGAGUUGUGGAAUCUCUUGGAAACCUCAACUGUUGAGCAGAAAAAGUUUGAGCAUGUUACUUGCUUAAUCUCUUCCUCUGUUGAUGAGGUUUCAAGAUCAGGUUCUCUUUCUCUGGAUGUCCUUGAGAGGACUGAAAUUGAAGUUGAGCAGUUGAACUUACUUAAAGCCGGCAAGAUGAGGGAAUUAGUGUUGAAGAGGCAGACUGAAUUAGAAGAAAUCUAUAGAGGGGUUCAUGUUGAUGUAGACAGUGACGCUGCAAGAAAAAUGCUGAUCAACCUCAUAGAUUCUGGCAAAGUAGACUUGUCUGAGAUGCUCUUUCGUAUGGAUGAUCAAAUAAAACAAGCUAAAGAAGAAGCACACAGCAGGAGGGAUAUACUAGAUAGAGUUGAGAAGUGGAAAUAUGCAUCAGAGGAAGAAAUUUGGCUAGACGAAUACGAAAAGGAUGAUAACAGAUACUGUGCUGGAAGAGGAGUGCAUAAAAAUUUGAAAAGGGCAGAAAAGGCAAGGACUCUAGUCAACAAAAUAACAUCUCUUGUUGAGAGUUCGAUAACAAAAGUCAAAGCUUGGGAGAUAGAGAAAGGAAUGACAUUCCUUUAUGAUAAGGAACCUUUGUUACAUCAAUUGGAAGAAUACACUUUACAGCGUCAGCAGAGGGAAGAGGAGAAACGUAGAACUCGGGAGCAGAGAAAGUUGCAGGAACAGCUUGCUACAGAGAAAGAAGCGCUGUAUGGUUCAAAGCCAAAUGUGAAAAAGCCUUUGGGGCAGAGCACCAAUAAUAACACAAUGGUUGGAACUCCCAAUGCUCGUAGGAUAGGAACUCCUUCAGGCCGUCUUGGGAUUUCAGGUAGUAAAGAUCGUAGAGAUAGUGCUAGAGUUAUACCAGUGAACUUUGUAGCUCUUGCCAAAGAUGAUCAUGUGUCUCAUGGUAGCUGAAUCUGACACAUUUUGUUUUCAUGGCCUUUAUAUGGUGGAAGGAGGAUCUUCAUGGUGGAAUAAUGUUACAAAAAUGAUUUUAGCUUAGGAGGUUAUUCAUGUCUGAAUCUCUGUCAAAAUAGAUAGUUCUCGAGGGGCCAUAUUUUCUAAACUUAGUUACUGUUAUCUGUUAAAUUGCCUGAAUAUCAGUUAACAUAGCCUAUAAUCUAAGCUUAGUUACAGGUUUAAUUUGGAGGACUGCGUAUUUCUGAAAUCAGAUAGUUACUGGUUUCUCUCAAAAUUCUCAACCUUGUCAGCAAGUACUAAUUGUAUGUCAGCUUGUAAGCAAAUUUCAAUCAGUGGAUAUUUUCUCCUCUAACACCAGAUAAACUUAAUUAUCUUAUUC